CAACGUGGCCCAGCCCUACCAACCAGCACAAGUCAAUGUUUUCUCCAGUUUUCUCGCAUGCAUUUUUCAUAUUUUACUCAAAAGAAUCAGAAUCUCCCACACUUGCAAAUCAUCAAACUUUGUCCUAAUUCCUUUUCAUCUUUUCUUCGUCGGAGUUUUUUGCCGGCAAGACCCUUCCCUUCAAAGGUGCCUUUCUUGGUAAUCUCGCACGUUCUUUCUUUUCUCGAUCAAUUUCUAAGUUAAGAAAGAAAGAAAGAAGGCUUAGAUGGAGAAAAUUUAUGUGCUGGAAAUAACCUUAAUUUCUGCGCAAGGACUUAAGGAACGACUGGGUACGAAUACGAGUCACCAAAUGAAAACUUACGCCCUUGCUUGGAACGAUUCCUCCUUCAAGCUCCGCACUUGUAUUGACCGUGACGGCAACGAAAACCCAACCUGGAAAGAUCAAUUCCCUUUUAAGGUUUCAUCGGAUUUCCUUUCCCAUGAAACCUCCGGCGUUUCUAUUGAAAUCUUUGCCGUUGGUUUCCUCCGACACCCUGUUGGGACCAUUCGGUUGCUAGUCAGUGACUUUCUUCGCUCCGGUUCUGCCUUCAAUGCUGUAAUGAUCCGUCGACCUUCUGGUAGGAUCCAGGGGGUUCUCAACUUUGACAUGGCGGUUUUUGACGGUGCCGAUGUCCCAGCCUUCAACGGCGUCUCAGCCAUCAGUUUCCGUGAUCUUAUAGGAGGGAAAGUUCGUCCAAUGACACCUCAAAAUCUAAACUCUCUAAUCAUGAGAAUUCGUUUCGUGGUUCUGAUGAUAAAUCGGAGACAAUGAUUCGACGACUUCGUCAUUAUCGCCAGCAUCGACGGCUUCGAGGGAGUGGGAUGGGAUAAUUCAGGGAGUAAAGAAAAGUAAUCACAUGAAAUCUUCAGCCUCCUGUGGAAAGUUGUAUUGCGAAAUGGAGACGCCUAGUAAGGCCGAUAGACUCAGCCCCUUCAUUUUCAAUCGAGCGGAAAGCUUUAAUGAAGGGAAAUUGGUGAACGUACGAUCAAUAUUAGCUUUAGAAGAUUGAGGAAACAAAGACCCAAUCUUUGCAUGUUUGAUUUGCAAUGUUUCAGAAGUGUCCUCGCCCGUGUUUGCAAGAGCAAAGACUAAUUAUUUUCUUGUAUUCAAAUUGAUAAUAAUUUUUUUACUUGUAUUCAAAUUAUUUUCUUGAUUGUUAUUUGUCAAUUACGACCACUGGAAAAAGUGCAUAAUUUCUCA